UCAAACCCUUACCAAUUCCCUCAAAGCUCAUUCUAAGAGGCAGCAAAAAUGGCAGCAGCAGCAGCAGAGCUGGCUCUCAUGAAGCCCAUCAACCCCAUCUCCAAGUUCAGAAAAGGUGGCACCUUGAGGCCUCGCAGCUCCCAACUCAGAGUCUUGGCUUCUUCGCAGUCCGGCGCCACUGCUGCCGCCGCGCCUAAGAAGAAGAAGUCGGGCAAGACCGAGAUAAACGAGACACUGCUGACGCCCAGGUUCUACACCACGGACUUCGACGAGAUGGAGCAGCUGUUCAACACCGAGAUUAACAAGAAGCUGAACCAGGCGGAGUUCGAGGCGCUGCUCAACGAGUUCAAGACCGACUACAACCAGACGCACUUCGUCCGCAACCCCGAGUUCAAGGAAGCGGCGGACAAGAUGCAGGGGCCUCUGAGGCAGAUCUUCGUGGAGUUCUUGGAGCGGUCGUGCACCGCCGAGUUCUCUGGCUUCUUGCUCUACAAGGAGCUCGGGCGAAGGCUCAAGAAAACCAACCCUGUUGUGGCUGAGAUCUUCUCCCUCAUGUCCAGAGAUGAAGCCAGGCAUGCUGGAUUUCUGAACAAAGGGCUUUCCGAUUUCAACUUGGCAUUGGAUCUGGGUUUCCUGACAAAGGCUAGGAAGUACACAUUCUUCAAGCCAAAGUUCAUCUUCUAUGCAACAUACCUAUCUGAAAAGAUUGGGUACUGGAGAUACAUCACCAUAUACAGGCACCUGAAGGCCAAUCCUGAAUUCCAACUCUAUCCAAUCUUCAAGUACUUUGAGAACUGGUGCCAGGAUGAGAACAGGCAUGGAGACUUCUUCUCUGCUUUGCUCAAAGCUCAACCACAGUUCCUUAAUGACUGGAAGGCCAAGCUGUGGUCUCGAUUCUUCUGCCUCUCGGUCUAUGUGACCAUGUACCUGAAUGAUUGCCAGCGAACAGCUUUCUAUGAAGGAAUUGGCCUCGACACCAAAGAAUUCGACAUGCAUGUCAUCAUUGAGACAAACCGCACAACCGCGAGGAUUUUCCCAGCUGUUUUGGAUGUCGAAAACCCCGAGUUCAAGAGGAAGCUGGAUAGAAUGGUGGAGAUCAAUGAGAAGCUGGUUGCCGUUGGUGAGAGCCAGGAUAUUCCUGUGGUGAAGAACUUGAAGAGGAUACCUCUCAUUGCUGGACUGGUGUCUGAGCUUGUGGCUGCCUACCUCAUGCCCCCUGUUGAGUCUGGAUCUGUUGACUUCGCUGAUUUUGAAGCCCAAAUUGUUUACUGAUUCUUGUAGAAGACUGAUAUCUUUCAGUGUACUCUUAUUACCAGUUGAAAACAUAUUGAUGCAUGUUUCAGUCAUGUAAUAUCAACUGAUCCAGAACAAUUUGUCCAGCACAAGCUGGUUCAAGCA